GUCUUCCGGCCGCGUCUACUCACAGCCCCGCCUCUUCCGGCGCGUUUCCCAUCAUGGCGCAGGGACAGCGUAAAUUCCAGGCGCAAAAGCCGGCGAAGAGCAAAGCUGCCGCGGCGGCGUCGGAGCGGAAUCGGGGUCCAAGGAAAGGAGGUCGUGUUAUCGCCCCCAAGAAAGCGCGUAUCGUGCAGCAGCAAAAGCUCAAGAAGGACCUGGAGGUGGGGAUCCGGAAGAAGAUCGAGCAUGACGUGGUGAUGAAAGCCGGCAGCCGCCUGCCCAAGAAGCUGGCGCUGCUGAAGGCCCCAGCCAAGAAGAAGGGAGCAGCCGCCUCCUCCAAGAUGUCCUCCUAGGAGGUCAGGCUCAGCAGAGGACAGCACCACAUCCCUGCCUCUGCACUCGGACCUUGCAGGUGACCCCAAGGCUGUACAUGGAGGAGAGGACCUGUCUACAUCCCCCUCAGCACUGGGGCACACCUAGGACUUCGAGGGGGGCUUGAUGCAGGAGCAGGUGACCGACAGACCCAUAGCAGGAAGAUUCGGAUUCCCUGGGUGCCGGGACCCCAGCCGUGGUUGCGAGGACGUGGCCACCAGCCUCCUCUGCAUCUCUCCCUUCACAUGCCCUGGCCCCGACUCCGCUGCUUUAACCCACAGCAAUAAACGUGGCCUUGUCCCUCC